AGGCGAAGCGCUCGCCGAGAUCAAGCCGGUCAGGCAGCUUCAUGUCUGAUUCGCGCCCUGUGGUGCAUGAGGGUGACCAGCAGGCUUUAGCUGAUGAACUGGUCGCAGCUCAGGUUACCCAAAUUGAUGCACUGCGCCAAUUGGAGAAGAAGGAGAAAGAGAUGAAGGAAGCGACCCAGCAAGUCUUCAACGACUUUCUGGAAAGGUCACUGGAGGAGGGACGAAAGAAGCUGAAACUCUUUGAAGAGACGCCGGAAGGUCGGGAGUAUCUCGCCACACGCGCAAAGAGCUAUGUGGAGCUGAAUCGUGGCAUGAGCCACUCUGCAGCUCUCGCUGAGGCAAGAGGUGAUCUUUCUCGCGCCAGUGAGGCAGUGAAGUUGAAAGGGUCUGAGGAUUUGAGUUGGAUCGUGUUGAAACAGGUUUGAAGAGGUAGUUGGUGGCUUCUCAGGGAAGGCUACAAACGCAUGCAGAGCAGCUGCGACAGCAACGAGCAGACUCCUCAGCUGAUUGGAUAUGACGUUGCAGUUCAGGUCAGGCAUAUGGUGUUUGCUUGUUUUAGCUGGGCUGGGAGAGGGUUCAAAAAGAAAACAAAUAGGGAUCAAGAAAACAAAGAGGGGUCAACAAAAAAAACAUGCAUAAACACAAUACUUAGGAGUGACAAGAAAGAUGGAAAGAAAGAAUGAAAAAACACUGUAACACAAAAUAGUAAUAAAACCACAACAGAAAGACCGAUAGAAAAACUAAAGAAAUACAAAACAUAACAAAAUUUCAAAAACAAAACACACAUAAAGAACGAACAAUACAGAAAGACGAAAGAAAGCAAGGAAGGAAGGAAGAAAAUACAAACAAAAAGAACGAACAAAAAAAUGGCUAGGCAAAUUUUGUGUUCUGCGUUGGUGGGAACAGGCGUUGAAAUACAGCACUGCCUACAUGUGAGACGCAUUAACGCCACAAUUUAGGUGAGAGCCAGCAGUGCAAACUUUGGAGGAAGGGAUCAUUCGAAGGUGGAAGACCUUUUGUGAGCCACUGC